CUGAGUCUCUGACCCACCUUCGAUCUUCGUUCUCCUUGUUCGAGAACAAGUAGUGAUCUAAAACUGAUUUGUUUCGUAACAUUAGUUCUUCGACUGCGGAAUCUAAUCUCAACAUGGAGUCGCUCAAUCCCAACAAGCUUCUCAAAGAAGAAUUUGUUAGCAAUUUGAAUGGAUCUUCGAUGCUCGAAAUCGCUGUGCUUUCCACUAUAGUACCGGGUCUAAUGCUUCUGCGACACGCCAUCAGCUCGUACGGCAUAACCGAUAUCAAGUCAAAGAUAUCGUCGAAGAAAGAUGAUGAUGUUCUUGUUCCUUCUAAAAACUGGCUGUUUUACUUGGCUACAGUAACUGUGGAUUUCAUCUUCAUUGUUCUUCCCAUGAUUUUGUUUUUUUCUGUAUUAGCGAGGUGGAUAUAUAUAUUCACAAUCUUUCUGAUGAUAUUGAUCUUCUCUACUGCAGCUAAAAGACGUUAUUUUUCUUCUCACAAAGAAGUUGGAUCCAUUCCUCUUAGGGAAAACGUCUCAGCAUACAGGGUUUCUAUGGUGAUAGUCACAUGCUUGUGUAUAUUGGCUGUUGACUUUAGAAUAUUUCCAAGAAGGUAUGCCAAGACAGAGACAUAUGGCACCAGUUUGAUGGAUCUUGGGGUUGGCUCCUUUGUAGUUGCAAAUUCAUUAGUUUCACGGCAAGCUCGAAAUCUCUUAUCAAGGAAUUGGAAGAAUGCUGUUCAAUCUACGAGCCCGCUGCUAUUACUUGGAUUCGGUCGGCUUCUUUCUACAGCAAGUGUUGACUAUCAGGUUCAUGUGGGUGAAUAUGGAGUGCACUGGAAUUUCUUUUUCACACUUGCUGCAGUUUCUAUCCUUACAUCCAUAAUUAAUGUUCGCCCACGGUAUUCUGGGAUUUUCGGUUUAGUGAUUCUAAUAGGGUACCAGAUUUGGUUGAUUUGUGGGUUAAAUGUCUAUUUGCUUUCUAAUGAAAGGGGUACUGAUGUUAUCAGCAAAAAUAAGGAGGGAAUUUUCAGCAUAUUUGGGUAUUGGGGCAUGUACCUUCUUGGUGUCCAGUUGGGAUACUACCUUUUCUUCGGAAGUAAUAAUCACCAAACGAACUUGAGAAGCAAUAACUGGGCAAGGAUAAGAGUGUGGUGUCUUUCUCUUCUGUUUUGGUUAUUGACUUUGCUUUUAGACAGGCAUGUUGAAAGAGUUUCUCGUAGAACGUGCAACUUGGCUUAUGUAACUUUUGUUCUGGCUCAAAAUCUACAGGUUCUAGCAGUAUUGAUGCUCUCUGAUUAUGUCCCUGGAAGUAAAAUUUCGACACUUGAAGAAGCAUUUAAUCGGAAUUUACUGGGCUCAUUUCUUCUGGCAAAUGUGCUUACAGGGCUGGUAAACUUGUGCGUGGACACCCUAUUUGUCCCAUCAUUAACCAGUCUAUUUAUCUUGCUCGUUUAUGCUUAUGCUUUAUCUAUAAUCACCGGCAUUGCAGAUUUUUGCGGGAUUAGAUUAAAAUUUUGAUAUUGUGCCAGUGUUGACACUUGACAGCAUCUACUUAACCAAAACAAGGAUGAGUGUGAAGACCCUCUUUUCCUUUCACUCACUUUCUGAAGCAGAAAGACACAAACACCUUACUGCAGCUCUCACGUGCAC